AUGUUGCGCACUCGUCGCAAUACACAGGUGGCCCGUAUAACGGCGAGUGAAACCACAACAAGUCCUCCCUCAUCGAAAACUAGUCAUUUAACAAAAGACGAGUCAUCUUCUUCUCUUCCAUCUCCGUUGAACGUUAGCGCCAUUCCUACUUCCCCGCCACAUCUGUUAGAAUUAAAUGAAUGUAUUGGUCGUUCAAUUAAAAUUUCGAUUAAUGAGGAUAUUGAAGUAAUAGCUAAACAUAAUGUACUACCAUUGUUGAUCAAAACAGAGACCUUAGAUACAUAUAAAGAAAAUGAUAAUGAAGAGAAUCCGAAAGACAAAGAAAACUAUUCAGAUAAGGCACCAUUUGAACGUUCGUCAGCGUUCAUUCGAUAUAUCGAACCUCUGCCAAAUGAACUUGAUGAAAAAGUUGAAUUUGAAAUGGAUGAAAUGGAUAUUGUUUGGUUACAACAAGUGAAUGAAGAACGUUCGAAAAGAAACUAUCGAUCUAUUACCGAAGAUGAAUUUGAGUUUAUUAUCGAUCGUUUAGAAAAAGAAUCACAUUUUCAAGCAAUAAGUCAAGGUGAUCAUUCAUCCGGACCGGCAAUUGAUGAAGAUGCAUUGUGUUGUAUAUGUCUUGAUGGUGAAUGUUCAAAUUGUAAUGCAAUAUUAUUUUGUGAUAUGUGCAAUUUAGCUGUGCAUCAAGAAUGUUACGGCGUCCCAUAUGUACCGGAAGGGCAAUGGCUAUGUCGUCGAUGUUUUUUAAGUCCAUCAAAAUCUGUCCAGUGUGUGUUGUGCCCGAAUCGAUUUGGUGCAUUUAAGCAAAUUGAUGAUGGCGAAAAAUGGGCACAUGUUGUUUGUGCUAUAUGGAUACCAGAAGUUCAUUUUUUAAAUAUCGUUUUUCUUGAACCCAUUUGUGGUAUCAAUUGCAUUCCAACAGCUCGUUGGAAAUUCACGUGUUAUAUAUGUAAAGAGAAAAAUGUUGGUGCUUGCAUUCAGUGUUCUCGUGCGAGCUGUUAUGCUGCAUUUCAUGUCACUUGUGCACAACAAGCAGGAUUAUUUAUGGAAAUCGAAGAAAAUGAUGAAAAUGAUUGUGAUUUUGAGCAAGAACAUCAAUCACAACAGAAAUCUGACAAGCGAACAAAUAAAAAACAAAAUUUAGCACCAAUUAAACGUCGUGUUUAUUGUCAUGCGCAUACACCAUUAGAACAAGUUAAUUCAACAACAAAAGUAAAAAAACAAAAAGAUGAAAGUAGUGAGGAAGCGUUGAGACGUAUACAAACAAUCCGUAUGAAAAACGCACGGCGAAUACUUGCUGAACGGCGAAAAUCAGAUCGUUCUAUAUCCGUCGCUGUUAUACCAAAAGAAAAAUUACAAAUAGUUCUUGAACAAGUAAAAUUUUCUGAUCGUGACAAUUUCAUUAGACGAAUUCAAGCAUAUUGGACACUAAAACGGAUGUCAAGAAGUGGUGUACCUUUACUAAAGCGUUUACAAACGCAACGAUCCACAAAGAAAAAAUUGAUUUUGGAUACUGAUGGAAAUGACCAACAUUUGGCAGAACAGUUAAAACAGUGGCGUCGUUUAAGACAAGAUUUAGAAAAGACUCGUUUGCUUGUUGAACUAAUCCGGAAAAGGGAAAAACUGAAGCGUGAUUUGGUUAAAAUCGACAAAGAAGUAUUGAAUUAUCAAUUACGGCCAUUUAGUGUGUUUUUAAGUCAUGUAUUAGAUGAACUACAACAGUUGGAUGAAAAUCAGUAUUUUGAAUUACCUGUUGAUCGAGAAGAGGUUCCAAGUUAUUAUAGUUUCAUCACUCAUCCAAUGAAUUUUUCAACUAUGAGAAAAAAGAUCGAAUAUAAUGCAUACGAGAAUUUUGCUGAAUUUGAAAAUGAUUUUGGUCUAAUAAUUAAAAACUGCCAUUUUUUCAAUGAAGCAAAAACUAUUUUUUAUAAAGCAGCAACAAAAUUACGCGAUAAAGGUUUAUCGUUACUUAAACAAGCAAGAAAAGUGUAUGAAAGUACGACCUCUGAUUCCCAUGAUGUAACAUCGUCGUCGUUUGAGCAAAAAGAUAACAAUGCAGAAGAAAUUGAUGAUACAUAUGAUGCUAGUAACAGUGAUUUUAAUGUUAUUUUUGAAGAACGUUUAGACGUUCUAUUGCAACGUUUAAAAGAAUAUAAAUCAAUUGAUAGUCGAUCAAAACGAGUUGUUAAUUUAAAAAAGCAAAUUGCAAAUGUACGACAAAAAUUAAGUAAAAAAAUGUCUACAUCGUCAUUUGAAAACGACGAGAAAGGAAAUAAUAAUGUACAAUUAGAGGAUGAACAUUGUGAUGAAAAAAUAAAACAAAAAGUGCCAAGUGAAGAUGAUAAUGAGAUUGAUAAUGCAAUGGAUUAUAGUAUUUCCCAGCUAACGACAACAAGUGCUGGUGGUUGUUCACCGAAUGUAUCGUCUUUAAAUACGACAACACGAUCGUUGAGAGGAAACAGUAUACCUGAUAAAGCCAACAACACUGAAUUAUUGAAUGAUACGGUAAAAUCUACAUCGUCAGCAUUUGUUGUCGAAGCAACACCUGACAGUUCAUUCAUUAAUUAUCAAAAGAAUCGAUUUUCUUUCUCAGCGAGCAAUACUCAAGCAAACAGUGCUGAAGUAUCAACAAUGGAUAGUGAUGAUAAUGAAAGCUGUAAAUCCGAUGGUGAAUUGUAUAUCGCAUCACCUCAAACAAGUAACGAUUCACAUUUACCACCUUAA